GUCUAGAAGAAAAACCAGUUCUUUCCAAAAAAGAAAAAAUGAAGUUGAGAAAAGAAAGAUGGCUACAGAAAAUAGAAAGUGUGAAGCUAGCCAAGCAGAAGCAAAAAGCCGAAGCAAAGCGGAAAGCCACACCUGUGGUGGGAGACAUGCAGCCGUUGAUGGAAGCCCUGCCUGAACUUUCCACCCUGACCACUGGUGGCAGGGGCAGGAAGCCACCCAAGAGCCAUGUAAAAACAAAGGCAGAACCAACAGACUUCUCUCUGAUGAAACAAGCUCAGAAACACCGGCUCUUAGAGGAAGAAGUGGCUCGGUUUCAUGAGGUCAUCGCCAAUCCCAGGUACAGAGCCAACCCCCUUAUGGCCAUCAGCGAGCAUCUCUCCAAGAGGCUGAGGCAGGAGGAAGAAA